AGCGUGCAACAGCGACGAGCGCAACGUUUCUGCCCAGCGCGCAUCAUCAAUAGGCGAUUUUCAAUUAGCGGACUGCGAACUCGACUUUGAUGGAUAGCUUGUUGCUUGGCUGGUAAGACACCAUUGUUGGGCUGUUCAAGAGGCGCGACACGUGCAGCCAGUGCAAUGAUUAUGCUGCGGAUAUUAGCUAGUUGCUUGAUUUGCUUGAGCCUGCUCGAGCGGCAGGGGGGCGAGGGCAUUACCACAGCUGGCACCUCGCCGGAGCAGCUGCCAUUGCCUGUCGCCAGCAAGAUGCCUUUGAUAACCAGCGAAUUCAAGGCCAGCCGCAUCUACGAAUCCUUUCGCGCUCUCUCGACCGUCCAGGGCAAGAGUCGCCUCAGCCGGCGCUAUGUGAAUGAUACGAGUGCCUAUGGCGCACAGCGUAAGGCCCGGCCACGUACAGCCUCGGCGGACAUGCUAAGCCGGAACAUAUCGAGCAUUCUGGAGAACCUAUUGAAGCGCUACGAGCAAUCGCAGCUGCCCACCCAUGGCCAGGGCCUGCCGACGGUGGUGCGCACCAAUAUCCUGAUACGCAGCAUGGGACCCGUCUCGGAGCUGGAUAUGGACUACUCAAUGGACUGCUAUUUCCGUCAGUAUUGGCGCGACAAGCGGCUGAGCUUCCAGGGCCCCAUCAAGAGUCUGUCGCUGAGCAUCAAGAUGCUGGACAAGAUCUGGCGACCCGACACCUACUUCUACAAUGGCAAGCACUCGCAUAUCCACACGAUUACCGUGCCCAAUAAGCUGCUGCGACUGGAUCAGGAUGGUGGCAUACUCUACUCGAUGCGUCUCACCAUCAAGGCAACCUGUCCCAUGGAGCUGAAAAACUUUCCGAUGGAUCGCCAAUCCUGUCCACUUAUCAUCGGCAGCUAUGGCUACACCAAUCAGCAGCUGGUCUACGAGUGGCAGAACCACGACGAUGCUGUCUCCUUUGUGCCGGGCAUGACGCUCAACCAGUUCGACUUGAUCAGCAUGAUGCAUCGCAACUUUACCUCCACGCGCCGCGAGGGCGACUUCAGCGUGCUGCACGUGGCCUUCAACCUCAAGCGUCACACUGGCUACUUCUUGAUACAGGUCUAUGUGCCCUGCAUAUUGAUUGUGGUGCUGUCGUGGGUCUCCUUCUGGAUACAUCGUGAGGCGACCAGCGACCGGGUUGGCCUCUGCGUGACCGCUGUGCUCACUCUGUCCACCAUCAGCCUGGAUUCGCGCACCGACUUGCCCAAGGUUAAGUACGCCACGGCCCUGGACUGGUUUCUGCUCAUGAGCUUCCUCUAUUGCAUUGCCACGCUGUUGGAGUUCGCUGGCGUUCAUUACUUCACCAAAUUGGGCAGCGGCGAAAUACCCCGCAUCGACGAUGAGUGGGAGGACAUUGGAGCCUUGGGCUACUCCACGGGCGAAAUUGCCGACGCGGCCGAGGCCAGCGACGACAGCGAGCCGGCCAACUCCGAUAGCGAUGUCUUUGUCUUUGCCGAUCACGAUGCCCUGCACUGUGAGCUGCCCUUGCCGGCGGACCUCAACGGCGGGGGCUACCCCAAGCGCAACACCUUCAGCUGCCCCAUUUACAAUAAUCAGCAGCAGGAGCCCGCUCACAUCUUUCCAAGACUCUCCUCGCACGCCUCGACCAUGGAGCGCACCACCCAAACGGAGCCGCCCGCCGUCUCCCGCAUGCGUCAGAUGUGGCUCUGCCUCAAGGGCGAUGUCAAAUUUCGCCGGCAGCGCGAACGCGACGCCGCUGCCGAGAAGAGCGUCCAGGGACGCCAGGGCGCCGGCUAUGUGAACAGCAUUUCAUUGAUUGAUCGAGUGGCGCGCGUUGCGUUCCCCAUGACAUUUGCGCUGUUCAAUUUGCUCUACUGGCUGGCCUACGGCAUGUACAAGAAGGAGUUCUCCUGGUCAAUGAUUAAGGCCUGAGCGGU